CUCAAAGUUGUAUCAAUGAUUGGGGAAAGAUAGUGGCAACAGGCAAAGGAAAAACAGUUCUGACAUACUAAGAAAAUGAGUAUGCUAAAACCAAGUGGGCUUAAGGCCCCUACCAAGAUCCUGAAGCCCGGAAGCACAGCCUUGAAGACAACUGCUGCUGCUCCAGUAGAAAAAACAAUAUCCAGUGAAAAAUCAUCAAGCACUCCAUCCUCUGAGACUCAAGAGGAAUUUGUGGAUGACUUUCGAGUUGGAGAGCGAGUUUGGGUGAAUGGGAAUAAGCCUGGAUUUAUCCAGUUUCUUGGAGAAACCCAGUUUGCACCAGGCCAGUGGGCUGGGAUUGUUUUAGAUGAACCCAUAGGCAAGAAUGAUGGUUCAGUGGCAGGAGUUCGAUAUUUCCAGUGUGAACCUUUAAAGGGCAUAUUUACCCGACCUUCAAAAUUAACACGGAAGAUGCAAGCAGAAGAUGAAGCUAACGGCCUGCAGACAACGCAGGCUUCCAGAGCUACUUCACCUCUCUUCGCUUCUGCAGCCAGCGUGGUGUCCUCCUCCCCAGCCAUUUCCUCAAAUAUUCCCCAUAAACCGCCCCAGCCAACAUCAAAGGAUCCUUCAACUGCAUCUCAGAUCAGCAACCUUACGAAAACGGCCAGUGAAUCUGUCUCCAACCUUUCAGAAGCUGGCUCAAUCAAGAAAGGAGAGAGAGAGCUCAAAAUUGGAGAUAGAGUGUUGGUUGGUGGCACUAAGGCUGGUGUAGUCCGGUUUCUUGGGGAAACGGACUUUGCCAAAGGGGAAUGGUGUGGUGUGGAGUUAGAUGAACCUCUUGGAAAGAACGAUGGUGCCGUUGCUGGAACAAGGUAUUUUCAGUGUCAACCCAAAUAUGGCUUGUUUGCUCCUGUCCACAAAGUGACCAAGAUUGGCUUCCCUUCCACCACACCAGCCAAAGCCAAGGCCGCCGCUGUGCGGCGAGUGAUGGCGACCACACCUGCCAGCCUGAAGCGCAGCCCUUCCGCCUCCUCCCUCAGCUCCAUGAGCUCGGUGGCAUCCUCUGUGAGCAGUAAGCCCAGUCGGACAGGAUUAUUGACUGAAACCUCCUCCCGUUACGCCAGGAAGAUCUCCGGCACCACUGCCCUCCAGGAGGCACUGAAGGAGAAGCAGCAGCACAUUGAGCAGCUGCUGGCUGAACGGGAUCUAGAAAGGGCGGAGGUGGCCAAGGCCACGAGCCACGUGGGGGAGAUAGAGCAGGAGCUAGCGCUGGCCCGGGACGGACACGACCAGCAUGUCCUGGAAAUGGAGGCCAAGAUGGACCAGCUGCGAACAAUGGUGGAAGCGGCUGACAGGGAGAAGGUGGAGCUUCUCAACCAACUUGAAGAGGAGAAAAGGAAGGUUGAGGACCUUCAGUUUCGGGUUGAAGAAGAAUCAAUUACCAAAGGCGAUCUUGAGCAAAAGAGCCAGAUUUCUGAAGAUCCUGAGAAUACGCAGACCAAACUGGAGCAUGCCCGCAUUAAGGAGCUUGAACAGAGCCUGCUCUUUGAAAAGACCAAAGCUGACAAACUCCAGAGGGAGUUAGAAGACACUAGGGUGGCUACGGUAUCAGAAAAGUCGCGUAUAAUGGAACUAGAAAAAGACCUAGCGUUCAGAGUACAGGAAGUAGCUGAGCUCCGAAGGCGGCUAGAGUUCAGUAAACCUGCUGGGGAUGUGGACAUGUCGCUUUCCCUUUUGCAAGAGAUAAGCGCUUUGCAGGAAAAGUUGGAAGUCACCCAUACUGAUCACCAGAGAGAAAUAACUUCUCUGAAAGAACAUUUUGGAGCCCAGGAAGAAACUCGUCAGAAGGAAAUAAAGGCUCUUCAUGCUGCCACAGAAAAGCUUUCCAGAGAGAACGAGUCAUUGAAAAGCAAGCUUGAUCAUGCCAACAAAGAAAAUUCAGAUGUGAUAGCUCUAUGGAAGUCCAAACUGGAGACAGCCAUUGCGUCCCACCAGCAGGCGAUGGAAGAGCUGAAGGUAUCCUUUAGCAAAGGGAUUGGAACAGAGACGGCAGAAUUUGCUGAGUUAAAAACGCAAAUAGAGAAAAUGAGAUUAGAUUAUCAGCAUGAAAUAGAAAAUUUGCAGAAUAGACAGGACUCUGAAAGGUCUGCUCAUGCUAAAGAGAUAGAAGACCUAAGGGCUAAACUGAUGAAAGUCAUUAAAGAAAAGGAGAACAGUCUGGAAGCCAUCAAAUCAAAACUGGACAAAGCAGAAGACCAGCAUCUGGUAGAAAUGGAAGACACGUUAAACAAAUUACAGGAAGCUGAAAUAAAGGUAAAGGAGCUAGAGGUACUGCAAGCCAAAUGCAAUGAACAAACCAAGGUUAUUGAUAAUUUUACAUCACAGCUCAAGGCUACCGAAGAAAAGCUCUUGGAUCUUGAUGUACUUCGGAAAGCCAAUUCCGAAGGUAAAUCGGAAAUUGAGAAACUUAGACAGCAGCUUGAGGCAGCUGAGAAACAGAUUAAAAUUUUAGACAUUGAAAAAAAUACUGAAAGUGGCAAGGCUAGUAGCAUUACCAAAGAACUCCAGGAGAAAGAGCUAAAGCUUACUAACCUGCAGGAAAAUUUGAGUGAAGUCAGUCAAGUGAAACAGGCUUUGGAAAAAGAACUUCAGAUUUUGAAAGAAAAGUUUGCAGAUGCUUCAGAUGAGGCGGUCUCUGUUCAGAGAAGUAUGCAAGAAACUAUAAAUAAGUUACAUCAAAAGGAGGAACAGUUUAACAUGCUGUCUUCUGAAUUGGAGAAGCUGAGAGAAAAUUUGGCAGAUAUGGAGGCAAAAUUUAGAGAGAAAGAUGAAAGAGAAGAGCAAUUGAUAAAGGCGAAGGGAAAACUGGAAAACGACAUCGCAGAAAUAAUGAAGAUGUCAGGAGAUAAUUCUUCUCAGCUGACAAAAAUGAAUGACGAAUUACGUCUGAAAGAAAGAUAUGUAGAAGAAUUACAGCUAAAACUUACAAAGUCUAACGAAAAUGCAAGUUUUCUGCAGAAAAGUAUUGGGGAAGUAACUCUCAAAGCUGAACAGAGCCGGCAAGAAGCAGCUAAAAAGCACGAGGAAGAAAAGAAAAAACUGGAGACAAAAUUGUUGGACCUGGAAAAGAAGGUGGAAACAAGCCACAACCAAUGUCAGGAUCUGAAAUCCAGGUAUGAAAAAGCCAGUUCUGAGACAAAAACUAAGCACGAGGAAACCCUGCAGAACCUACAGAAGAUGCUUUUGGACACAGAGGAGAAGCUGAAGGCUGCACAAGAGAUGAACAGUGACUUGUUGCAGGAGAUGGAGGAACUGAAAAAACAAGCUGACAAAGCUAAAGCUGCUCAAACAGCAGAAGAUGCUAUGCAGAUAAUGGAACAGAUGACCAAGGAGAAGACUGAAACUCUGGCCUCUUUGGAAGAUACCAAGCAAACAAAUGCAAAACUACAAAAUGAAUUGGACACCCUUAAAGAAAACAACUUGAAAAACGUGGAAGAACUUAACAAAUCAAAAGAACUUCUGACUGUAGAGAAUCAAAAAAUGGAAGAAUUCAGGAAAGAAAUAGAAACCCUAAAGCAGGCGGCAGCUCAGAAGUCCCAGCAGCUUUCAGCAUUGCAAGAAGAGAACGUUAAACUUGCCGAGGAGCUGGGGAGAAGCAGGGACGAAGUCACAAGUCAUCAGAAGCUGGAAGAAGAAAGAUCUGUUCUCAAUAAUCAGUUGUUAGAAAUGAAAAAGAGAGAAUCCAAGUACAUAAAAGACGCAGAUGAAGAAAAAGCUUCCUUGCAGAAAUCCAUCAGUAUUACCAGUGCCUUACUCACAGAAAAGGAUGCAGAGCUGGAAAAACUGAGAAAUGAGGUCACAGUGCUCAGGGGAGAAAACGCCUCUGCCAAGUCCUUGCAUUCAGUUGUUCAGUCUCUAGAGUCUGAUAAGGUGAAGCUUGAGCUCAAGGUAAAGAACUUGGAGCUUCAACUCAAAGAAAACAAGAGGCAGCUCAGCAGCUCCUCAGGUAAUACUGAUACUCAGGCAGAAGAAGAUGAAAGAGCCCAGGAGAGUCAGAUUGAUUUCCUAAAUUCGGUAAUCGUGGACCUUCAAAGGAAGAAUCAAGACCUCAAGAUGAAGGUAGAAAUGAUGUCAGAAGCAGCCCUUAAUGGGAAUGGGGAUGACCUGAACAAUUACGACAGUGAUGACCAGGAGAAACAGUCCAAGAAGAAACCUCGCCUGUUCUGUGAUAUUUGUGACUGCUUUGAUCUCCACGACACUGAGGAUUGUCCUACCCAGGCACAGAUGUCUGAGGACCCUCCCCAUUCCACGCACCAUGGCAGUCGGAGCGAGGAACGCCCGUACUGUGAAAUCUGUGAGAUGUUUGGGCACUGGGCAACCAACUGCAAUGAUGAUGAGACCUUCUGAUGAAGCCUCAAGUCAAGAACUGGCUUUCUCAGAUGCACUAGCAUUUAAGCAAUUUACCACCAGCAUUGUAUGUGCAUACUUCAGGAGAACUCAUGUUAUUUUUGACCCCCAUCAGCAAAUCUAGAAAAUAUUUUGAUGUCCAACAAAUCACCCUUUAGUCUCCCCUUAUAAGUUAGAAUAAUAAAUAAAUAAAUAUUUAGUAGGUGAGUUUUCACCUCUAAUUUUGUUUUCUUGAUCUUUAUGUUUUAAGACAUUGCACCAGAUGCCAUUACGUUAUUUUCCUUCGAGAAACCUCAUAGAACAAUCCCUACCUUUACAAUACCUUAUUUAAGUAACUUUAAAUUAUGCUGAUAAUUUUCAUAUUUGCACUAAAAUAUUUCCAGGCUGCAUUUGUAUAUUUAGAUUUUUUGGUUAAGCUGCGACACUGGAAUGAGUUGAAAAAAUGUGCCAUUUUGCAUUUUCAUCUACUCAUUUAAAAUAUUUUAUUCUUAAUCAAAGAAAUAUCCAGGCUCUUUGCACUACCUGUUAUCAGUAGUGCCUUUAUUGCAGGCUUGAUAAUACUUACGUGUGAUUAUAAAAUCAUGAACAGGUAAAGGGAGGGGUAAGCCCCAAAACUGCUGUGGGGACAUUUUAUAAUCUAUAUGCUGCACCCACUUACUCUAACUGUGGUGUUUUGUUUACUGGUAUUGCAUAAUUUCAGCUUCUAUAUAUUAUAUGUACAUAUUUUUUUAAAAAUUAUAUUUUGGGAAAAAACAUACACAAUGUGUCUUUCUUUUCAGAUUUUUACCUUUAUGAAAAAGAGAACACAUAAAAAAUGAUCAUCAGGACAUAACACAGACUUGGCCAGAAAUAGCAUCAUGUUGCUUUGCAACUAUUUCUUUUUGUUUUGUUUCUUUACCUGAUUUAAAUAACUGGAAAAAUGUUCCCCAAUAUUUUUUUCUUCUCUAGCAGAUAUCCCCAGCAGUCAAUUAAUUAGAUAAUAUGCUACUAUAAAACACCUGAAUUAACCAAUCUACAAUCUUCCUUUACAAGUUUUUUUUUUUACUGUGUUUUUAGAUGAAUGUAUGAUGAGAAAUUCAACAUUAAUAAUUUUGGAUUUUCUUAUCACAAAAAAUAAAAUGAAGGACCUCAACCAUCAGAACAGUUUAUUAACCAGUCUGAAUCUAUUUAUCUUCAUUUGAAUGUCUUCUAGAAUAUGUAAAAAGUAAUAAAUCUUCCAUGCUAAAUGUAUAGUAAGAACUUCUACAGUUGUACAUAUGCCUUUGAUGUAUUUUCCCCUCAAGAUUGUCAACUGUGUUUGACAAGUGAAUAUUAAAUAAAUCUGUUAUCAGUUGAAAAUUUUUAUUAUAAACAUAUUAUAAUAGGAAUUGUUUCCCAAACAAAACAUGUAAAGCAGUAUUAAAAUCUGAGCAAACAAGUAUUCUGUAUCUACUUUAAUAAAUGAUUAUUCUUAUUUGCCA